AUGAUCGAUCGUCUAAUUAUAGGUUUGGCAAUAUUGUUAAUGGUUGGAAAUAACUAUGCCUUUGACAUACCCCAAGCACUUGAGAUUCCGAUUGAAAAAGAGUUUAAACUAACAUAAACAUAAUUCAAUUUGUUGUACAGCAUAUUUGCAGUUCCAAAUAUUGGAUUAUCUAUUGGAGGAGGUAUCAUGAUAGAUAGGAUGGGAGGAAGAUGGGGAGUAUUUACAUUUUCAUUAAUGCUUGGACUCUCAUAAUUAUUUAUAGCAUUUGGUGGAUGCUAUUAAAAAUAUUAUAUGAUGUUAGUAGGGAGGGCAAUAUUUGGAAUAGCAAGUGAUUUAUUACACAUAGGUGUGUUUAAGGUGAUUGCUAGAAGGAUGCCACAUUGUUUGGGAACAGCAAUGGGGUUGAUUUUAACAGUUCCAGAAUUGGCAGCAGCAUUGAAUUCCUUUUUAUCACCAUAUCUAUUUGAGAAAACUCAUUCUUUAGAAUGGCCUUUACUUUUUGGAUUAUCAUUGUGCAUUAUGUCCUUCUUAUCUGGAUUACUAAUGAUAUAUUUAGACACAAAGUAUGAUACUUGUUAGGCAGAAGAACCAGACGAGGAGGUUUCAUUAUCUAAAUUUAAGCUUAGUAAACCAUUUGUCAGAAUGAGUCUAAUCACUACACUGAUGUUGGCAGCUUAUGUUCCCUUCUUAGACAAUGCUAAUAAGUUUUAUCACGAGAGAUUCGGAUUUAGUAUUAUGCAUGCUGGUAGAAUCGUCACUGUUGGAUAUAUUGUAGCAGCUUUAUCCUCUCCAAUCAUUGGAAAAAUCAGUGACACGUUUUCUCAUAAACGCCAGGUCCUCAUUUUUGUAUCGACUCUAAUGUUCUUUUUAUCGCAUUUACAACUCUAUUAUAUGCCUCAUUCUACACAUCCCAACUAUAUGUCCGUUUUUGCUUUGAUAACUUUAGGAUUGUCUUAUGCUUGCUAUUCAAGCAUUCUGAUGCCUGCAUUGUAAUCAACUGUCCCUGAUAAUAUGUUAGGUAUUCUAUUUGUAUUAUUAAGAGCUACUGCAUUGGGAAUAUUGGGAAUCAUUGAAAAUAUCUGUAUGGCAACAGUACCCAUGCUAUCAGGAUUUGUUUAUACUUUCUUAAAGGGAGAAAAAGAUAGAAUGAGAGAUGUUGAUAUUAUUUAUUUAGUAUUAGCAGGAAUUGGGGUUUGCUUGUCUAUAGGAGCAUUACCAGAUUAAGGAAAGCAUAUCAAAAAUUAAAAGGAUGCAAUUAAACAGUUGCAUCAAUAACCAGAAGAAAAUAACAAUUUAAUCUGA